GGGAAAACAUGGUGUCCGAUUAAAGAGUGCACUUGCGCCACGGGAACAUACUAGGCCAAAGCCAAACAUCGAGUCCAGCUGGUGGCGUCGGUGUAACCCUAGCUGCAUUCUCCAUUGGUGACCAAUCUCGGCUUCUUGUAGACUCUCCGUCCCUCCACACCGUCCUGCCGUUGCUACUGAAGUUACCAUUAGCAACUGGGCAGCGCGCGACCGAACACCUCACCGCUGAUGUUGUCCUGGAAACACAGUGCAGUAAGCUCUCCUGGAAUUUUCGGCUCUUGUGAUGUCGGUGAGGCCAGCCAUGGUUAUCACGUAAGGUCGCAGUGAGUGGCACUGCCAUGUUGCCAGGAGUCGGUGUAUUUGGCACGGGCAGCACAGCCCGAGUGCUUGUCCCGUUGUUGAAAGCUGAAGGCUUUGAGGUUCAUGCACUCUGGGGGCGAAGCGAAGAGGAAGCGUGCUGCUUGGCAAGGGAGCUUGGCAUCCCGUUUCACACCAGCCGAUCUGAUGACGUCCUUCUGCAUCAAGAUGUCGACCUUGUUUGCAUCUAUAUACCACCCUCAAUGACAAGACAGAUUGCUGUCAAAGCACUGGGUAUUGGUAAGAAUGUUUUGUGUGAGAAAGCCGCAACUGCUGUGGAUUCAUUCAAGAUGGUGACUGCAGCCAGAUACUACCCACAGCUGCUCAGCAUUAUGGGUAAUACUCUGCGCUUCCUGCCAGCAUUUGUGGCAAUGCGCCAGCUGCUGGUGGAGGGAUACAUUGGAGAAAUGCAGGUGUGUGACGUCCGGGUCUAUGGCCCCAGCCUCCUUGAUCAGUCUUACGGCUGGACAUGUGAGGAGCUGAUGGGAGGAGGCGGUCUGCACACUGUCGGCUCUUCCAUCAUUGACCUUCUAAGUUACUUAACCGGUGCACGAGCCCAUCGUGUUCACGGCUUACUGCGGACCUUUGUACAACAAAGUGGUUUGAUCCGAGGCAUCCGCCGCGUCACCAGCGAUGACUUCUGCUUCUUCCAAAUGUUGAUGGGUGGAGCUGGGUCUAGCUCUAGUGGUGUGUGCUGCACUGUGACCCUGAACUUCAACAUGCCAGGGUCGUUUGUGCACGAGGUCAUGAUAGUUGGAUCCACUGGGAGACUGGUUGCCAGGGGGGCAGAGCUGUAUGGUCAACGCAAUGGGAGUAAAGGUGAGGAGCUGUUGCUAGGCGACAGUGGGUGGGUGGGACCAGAGGUAAAAGAGAUGCCCCUACCUCACCUGCGGGGUCUGAGCUCCAUGGUAAAGGCACUGAGACAGUCUUUUCAGGCUCACGAGGAGCGCAGGUCAUGGGCACGAGGACCGGUUGCCAUGGCACCAACAUUUGAGGAUGGUCUGUAUGUGCAGACGGUGGUGGAGGCGGUGAAACGUUCCAGCUGUAGUGGAGAAUGGGAGUGUGUUGAAAUCAUGAGUCAGGAGCCGGAUCCGAAUCACAACCUGUGUGAGGCUCUGCAGAGAAAUAAGAACUAAAUAUAUUUAUACACCCAGUGCAACUUCUACAUGUGUCUGACAAAACUGGGCUCUGAAUGUUUCUAUAUUAAUUCAGCUGCAGAGGCAGUUUACAUUACCCAUGACUACUUUUUGCAUUUUCACAUUCUGUCACAUAUUGAGCAGAAUACUUUAAUUUAGAAAAAACAUGACUGUGUAGUGGAUGUUUGUGUCCUCGCAGUUAUGAUCUGUUUGUACACUUAGUUUGUUACCACAGCUCCAUUAUUCUGAUUCCCAACAAAAAAUAUUUAAAUAACUGUCUGUUUCAGUUUACACGUUUAUUACCUUUGCCAUGCCAAAAAGUUGACACAGUUGUUAUUUUCACUGAAGCUUAAAGACACAGAGUUAUGAGUGCAUAUUUGUCAGCUGUCAGAAAGGCACCACACCUUUGUCAAAUAUUGGCCAUGAGCAAAAUUCCUUGGGAGUAAAAAAAAAAACAACCUUUCAAUGGAUGUCUGACUCUUUUCCUCCCUUUUGAUUAUCAUGUUUGGAUACAUUUCUGUAUUUUAAGAAACAGGCAAUUUGUUGUGUUUUAUUGUCAGAGAUAGUGCAAAUAAACGUAUACUUUAUAUUUGUAAUUGGACAAGAGCAUGGCUCCUCCUAAAGUAUGCCAGAAUUUCUUUGAAUAUUUCCUCUUUAGAAGGUUUUUAUUUAUUUAUUAAAAAAAAAUUCUAAAAUCAUCACACCAUAGGUGGUUAAAGUGUUUGCCAAAGUUUACAAUUACACCAAUAAAUGACUAACUUGGCAUCAGCACAAUUAAUACAAAGUUGUUAACUUGGUGCACAGGCAUAUACUUUCUUCUACCCAAUUUAGGUCAUGACCAAUUGUUGAGCCAAGUCAAGCCAUUAAUUUGGUAAUGUUUAGUAACGUGGCUCAUUAAAAGGUAACUGUAAGUGUACAGUUCAACCAAGAAAACAUUUGAAUGUCUGUUGUACAUAACAUUUAGAUUUUGGUGUUCCUUUAUUCCAUACCUGAAUAGCACCUUAUUCUGAAAGGAAGUGUUGACCUCUGAAAUGAAUGUGAAUAUCAAAGCAUGAGGAUGAUUUGACUAACAAAACAUGACUGGCAGAAUUCAAAUGAUGCUACGUUGGAGCUCAGCCUCUAUUAACCUCAGAAUAAUGGAGCUGUGCAGAGUUUUGUUUUAUUUUUUUUGUAUAUUUGUAAUGUGUGAUGAUAAGCAUGCAGUCUAAGAUUGCAAGAGGGGCUUGUAGAUCUUUAUGUUAUGAUAUAACAUGGCAUAAAUAAGAUAGCAGGGAUUGAGUAAAAUAAGCUAUUUAGAAAACUGAAAAAUAAAAAGUCUAGUUUGUAGCAAUGCCCCUAAAAAUGCCCAAUUCUUAAAGUGAUACUUAAUCUUAAGUCUUUCUUUUGGGUCUCUUUCGCACCCUGUCGGCUGCAAAGAUAUUUCCUUCUUCACAAACAGAACAGCUAUUAGUGAGCAGGAGUUCUUGACUGCUGCAGUACUACAGUAGUGACAUGUUUUCAUAAUGGAAGAAGUAUCAAACCAUCUAAACUUCACACCACUCUUGGAGCAUUCAUAUGUUCAAUCAUCAUUUCAUCAAAAUGUACUACUUCCAGAUAUAUACACUACUGUAAGAAGCUUCAAUGAGGUUGAUAGUGCAACACAGAUGCAAUGAUUUUUAUAAUAUAAAUCGUUGGCUUGUUCAAAUGGAACAUACAGUAGGACAAAGGUGAAGUAGAUUAUGCCUCAGUGAAAGGGAUUUAUAGGAAUGUUUGGUACCUGUUUUUCCACUGUGAAAACUCACUAAUGCUAAUCUAUUUAACCAUUGAAACUGACUGUGAAGAAGGAAAUCACCAUCUCUUAGAAGCCACCUGUCAAGUUUUACACAUCAAGUUUACAGGACGAGCAUUUGAUGCUCAGAUUAUAGAUUUUAAGGUGGAGUAUCAAAUUAAAUAUUACAUGAGCAGAAACCGGCUUGUUCUAGUAAAAUUACAGAUUAGUGACCUUUUAUUGUUAAACUGUCAAAAGUUUUAGAUGCAAACCCUGAGAGAGUAUUUGACAACUAAAUUUAGUUUAAAAGGUUUGUUUACAUGUGUUACCCAUCAAAGUAAUUUUAUGUGUUUUUAUGUUUAGAUUUUGUUUCAUGCGAUCUAUGCAUUUAAAGUUAUAACAGAUGUUUAAAUUAAGAGAGUGGAGACACGAUCCACCCCAAUACACCAUUCAUCCUGAAACCCUACUGAUCUUUUCAUUGAGUAGAACCACUGGACUAAUUUGCUCAGACCACGAGAAGGAAUUGUUGAACAGUUUACGGUUGUUGUAGUCACUCACUGUGUCUCAGCACUGCUGAAUAUCCUGAAUAAUAUUGGGCCUCAGGGCUCCUUCUGCUGAGACAGGAGGUGAAAACAGAAACAGUGUGUUACUUUGAUUUGAUUGGUCUGUUCCCUUCUUAGACCUACGCAGAAUCUGCAAAUAGGGAUACAUACACUUAACACGCUUACCUCACGCUAUCCCAACAGUGCUUUACAAAAUCGAUUAAUCAAGUUUACAUUGAGUGUCUUUUAUGAAACACAUCACAUUUGCCUGCAGGAUGUUCUCUAACCCGCCACUAUUAAAAUGCAUUCCAACUAAGUUUUCACCUUCAUGUUGCUCUUGUUUUGUUUUUUGCACUGAUAACUGAUGAAAUGCCACAUAUUUAAUAUGCAGCGUGGUGCUCACAGCGGCCGGCUUACUGCAAAAAUGAAUUUAACAUGUCUGUAUAAGGAAGACUUUUUGUAUUUAUUUAUGUCUUGGUGUGGAGAAAGUUUCACAACCUUUAUUCUGUUCAGUGUUUGUGUUUUCAGCCUGUGAAUUUUGGUUGUGAUAUUUAUCUUGUUUAGAUUUAGUGUUGUUUUAAUUGAUAAUAUGGCUUUUUGAGCACAAUGUGUUGCAUUUAAGUUGGUAAACUGUACUGUUCAUCUACCUUACAGAUC